UAACCCUCCUACAACCCCAGUAAAGACCACCCUCUGGGCCUGGGUCCAGCCUAAUUUAGUGUACUCACUGAGAUCCUGUUUUCUGACGCAAUUCUGAGCCUCUACGCUGAAAGUCUUCAAAGGCACAUGUAGGUUAACGUAGCGCGGGAACUUUAUUUCGCAACCAAUGACCUGAACCACUGGAUAUAUCUGGAUUUAUAGUUAUAUAUUCAGUCUCUGAAGACUGGCUUUCACUGAAAUACCUCAGGACGAGUCCUGGGGAUGGCUUCCACCCCCUCUUCCUCAGCUCUGUCAGCUGUUCUCCGGUGUAAAAGACCUCCAGCUUCUGCCUACCGCCUCGGACUAACCUAUGGAGCCGCUCAGCAGCCUCUCUCCAGGGCCGAUAAGCCCACGGACAAGCCCGAGAACAGAAGCCCUCUGUGGGGACUGAUUCUGCCGGAUGCGUGGGGGCUGGAUCCUCCCGGAGCCAGAGCUGUUCCUGUUCAUUUGGACAGGUCUGCUAAAGAUAGAGGGCAAAACAGGCAGAGAUAUAGGAUCAAAUAUAUGUCUGAAAGCUGUUUAAGACCCAAAACAUGCGAGGAAAUGCCUCAACAACUACAAACCCAGUCAAACCGACGGAUUCCUGCACUUAAUGUGAACCCUUCAGACUCAAACAGUCACCGGAAUAAAAAUAUUAUCAGUAGUCUUCGGUUUGGUGACUCUUUCGCCUCAUUUUCUGGACAUGGUGCUGUUUUUACUGUAUGCCUAAACUGUAAAACGGACCCUAAAGUGAGUUUACUGAACCAACCCAUCUCCUACCACAGCUUCUCCUUGUUGAAGAGGAGACUGCUGCAGAUCACCGCGCUGGUUUCUGAGGUUGUGCUGGCAGCUGUGUGGCAGAAGGUCCCUGUCAGUAGUAAUAAUUUGACUGAAUGUGAAAAGUGCGCUUCUGAAUGUGGAAAGAAGAAUAAAACCAAGAACAGCCUGGAACCUGGAACCUGAAAUUCUCACAGCGCUGGAAAGGUUGCUAUACAUAACAAAGAAAAACAACACACAGAGUCAGAUUUAAAAAAACAUCUUUGUUAUUUUAGAGUUUCUGAACCCAUGCUUAUAUCUCAACUAUGGGAUUUAAAUUUGUUAUAUCAGUGUGAGACGCGUGCCACCGAGAAAUGUUCCUUAAAUGUAAACCAUUUACUUUACCACAGCUGAACUUGCAGAAUUACUGGUGGACACCAAAACCUUUAAAUACAUGAAGUUGUGUUUUUAUUUGUGUGUAUUUUUGACUGUUGAGAUAAAAUACAGGAUGUAACUUGGUCAUGUUAAUUUAUUUAAAUAUAAAUGAUUUAAGUAGAUUUUUUUUUCCAUUGGUCUGCCUGUCAGUAUGUAAAUAAUGAUGCAUCAAUGUGCUCACAUGAUCAUUGAUAGGCUAACUCAGAAGUUGUGCUAAUAGAAUACAGGAUCCUUAUUUAAUAAUAGUAAUAUAUAUUUUUGUAUAAAAUAAAGCGAAAAAAUGA